UUUAGAAAUAGUUGAAUAUGCACUAUAAAAAAGACAUACCGUCUAUGAUGUGACAUGACACAUGUAAUCUGUCAUAAUUCCUACUCUAUUUUGAUUUGUUCUAUGCUUAUUUAUGUAAUUUUUGAACACGUGCCCAAAAGAAGGAACAAUUUUCUUAAUUUUAAGUGCGUGGAAUGGAAUUGGUAUUGGAAAACUGUUCAAAGCGGACUGCAGAAGAUGAUUGUUCAGAAUGUGAUAUUUCACAUAAGAAACUGAAAGGAACAGAAGUUGAAAUUCCAGAAUCCGAGAGUACCCCAGAUGAAACACAAUAUUUUAAUGGUGUUGAGAUUUCGAAAUUAAGUAAGAAGCAGAAGAAAAAAUAUCUAAAAGCAUUAAAAUGGAACGAAGUAAAAAAGGAGAAGCGUGCCAAAGAAAGGCUGAAAUGUAAAGAGAAAAGACAUCAUGCGAAGCUGAAUAACAUAGAUUUAGGUCCCAGUAGAAAGGAGCUCAAGAGAGUGAAAAUGAAAGACAGCCCUUGCAAAAUUAACGUAUGCAUAGAUUUAAGUUUUGACGAAUUAAUGAUAGACAAAGACAUGGCUAAAACCAUUAAGCAGGUGCUUCGGGUUUAUACAGUAAACAGAAGGGCUAAGGCGCCUUUACAAUUACAUUUAAGCAGUUUUAAGGGUCGAUGUGAGAAAGAAUUCUGCAGGCACCACGGGUUCGAAAACUGGGACAUAAAUUUCCACACUGAAGAUUACACCGAUGUGUUUCCAAAAGAAAAUUUAGUAUAUUUAAGCAGCGAAAGUGAAAAUGUUCUAGACAAAUUAGAAGAAGAUAAAGUUUACAUUAUUGGAGGUUUAGUUGAUCACAAUUCGCAGAAGGGAAUUUGCUAUAACAAGGCUGUGAAACAAGAAAUAUCCCACGCGAAAUUGCCGCUCGAAGAGCAUUUCUGGAUGCGCCAGAGGAAAGUUUUAACCAUUAAUCACGUUUUUGAGAUACUGCUGUACGUCAGCGAAGGCCAGAGUUUCAAGGAAGCCUUCGAAAAAGUUUUGCCCAAACGAAUCGAAAAAAUUGCCAUGGAUGAGGUCAAACCGGAUACUUCCAAAGAAGAGAACGGCCAAUCGUAAAAUUUAUAAGUAAUUAAUGUUUCAAAUAAAUAA